GUGGAGAGAUGGGAAGCUGGUUGAAGUCCCUUGGAUCCCUGACAUUUAAAAGUGGCCUUUAGCUAGCCUAAAUACAAGACUGCUAAAUUCUAAGGGGCCUUUUGUUGUUUAUUUUAUUAAAUUGUAUAUAUUUUGUGAAAAAAUAAAUGGUUUGUUGCUAGAUUCUUGGCUCACAGUAACGGUUUGUCUGACAAGUAUUUUCUGGACACCAAGGCCGUGAUCUAGGCUCUGAAGUUAAUGUUGCAGAAUUGGCUUCAAAUUACCCUUGCUCUUCUGGUUAUGCAGAUUUUGCUGGUCAUUCUCUCAUGCCUUGGCAUAUCAAUACAAGACUGUGCCUAGUUAUAAUGGCUUAUAUACAUGACAAGAUAAAAUUAGCGUAAAUGUGUGAAAGAACAAUAGCAUACUCAGGCAACAGGAAUUAACUAAACAGAUGGUAUCCUUUUGGUGCAAUACAUUUCUUCUUAAUCAUGCUUCUGACAAAGUGGGCACUUGUCCAUAAAAGCUUCAGCUACAAUAAAUCUGUUAGUUUCUAAGGUGCCACAAGGCUUCUUAAUCACAUGUGUACACUGGGUUUGGCAGCUAGAAGAUUCAGGGUCCCUUCUCUGUUCUUGUUUUUGGUGUGAAUUACUGACAUAACAGUAAGUAUAAGUGUGGAUAAAGCAUACAGUGCAGCAUUCCAGUGAAACUGCUGGAAACUCUAGUAAGAGAAGAGACAUUGUACUAUAUCUUUGGAUUCUGUGUAACUAUUUCCUCCGCAAUUAGGCAUAUUCAGUGGGUAUAUCAAUACCAAUGACGUUCCAAGUAUCUGAGCUGUAUAGAAUGGAGGCUAGGGAAGAUAUAACUUUGUGUUCUAAUGACGUUUUUCCUUGCACUCCCUAAAGCCUGUUAUAUCUUGGGAAAAUCUGUUGGUUUCUUGAAAUAAGUACUACCUCCUACAUAGUAUGGGCACAGAGAUCUGUAGCUAACAGUCCUGUUAAUUGGUCUGAAAUUCAGCUUAAAAUUGGUUUUUUUUAGGGUGGCGCCAUCGCUGCUCCCCUUGUAUGGAGUAGAUUGUGUUACUUUCCUUAACUAACAAACAUCAAAACAGACAGGUCACUGGCUGCAGGUGCUGAGAAUUUCUAUGAGAAGGAAUAUCUUGUAUAUUGAAAGAAUGGAAGCUUCUUGUCUUGAGCUUGCCUUGGAAGGGGAGCGGUUGUGUAAAGCAGGAGACUGUCAAGCUGGUGUGUCUUUCUUUGAAGCAGCAGUUCAGGUUGGAACAGAAGAUUUGAAAACACUCAGUGCAAUUUACAGUCAGCUGGGCAAUGCUUAUUUCUACUUGCAUGAAUAUGCAAAAGCUUUGGAAUAUCACCACCAUGAUUUAACCCUUGCAAGAACCAUUGGAGAUAAGCUAGGGGAAGCUAAAGCAAGUGGCAACUUGGGGAACACCUUAAAGGUUCUUGGGAAUUAUGAAGAGGCAAUUGUCUGCUGUCAGAGGCAUCUUGACAUUUCCAGAGAGCUUGAAGACAAGGUUGGUGAAGCAAGAGCACUUUAUAAUCUUGGAAAUGUGUAUCACUCUAAGGGUAAAAGUGUAGCCUGUGCAGGCACCCAUGAUCCAGGAGAAUUUCCAGAUGAUGUUAAAGCUGCAUUGAGGAAAGCUGCAGAUUAUUAUGAGAAGAACUUGACUAUUGUGACAGAGUUGAGUGACAGAGCAGCCCAGGGCCGUGCCUAUGGAAACCUGGGCAAUACUCAUUAUCUUCUGGGCAACUUCAGGAGUGCUGUUAUGGCCCAUGAACAGCGUCUCUUAAUUGCAAAAGAAUUUGGUGAUAGAGCUGCAGAAAGAAGAGCGUACAGCAAUCUAGGAAAUGCUUAUAUUUUCCUUGGAGAGUUUGAAACUGCUGCUGAAUACUACAAGAAGACAUUACAGCUUGCUCGGCAGCUUACAGACAGGGCUGUAGAAGCACAAGCUUGUUACAGCCUUGGAAAUACAUAUACCUUACUUCAGGAUUAUGAAAAGGCUAUAGAUUAUCACCUGAAACACCUGGCAAUUGCUGAAGAACUUAAUGACAGAAUUGGUGAAGGAAGAGCAUGCUGGAGUUUAGGGAAUGCAUUUACAGCACUGGGAAACCAUGACCAAGCAAUGCAUUACGCAGAAAAACAUUUGGACAUUUCAAGAGAAGUGGGAGACAAAACUGGAGAACUAACAGCUCAACUUAAUCUCUCAGAUCUUCAGAUGGUGCUCGGUUUAAGUUACAGCACAAACAGCUCAAUGAUGGCUGAAAAUCACAUCUUGGAUAACAGCUUAAAUGGCCCUAGACCUCGGGUUGGACGUCGCCAUAGUAUGGAAAACAUGGAACUUAUGAAACUAACCCCAGAAAAGGUUCAGGACUGGAACAGUGAAAUUCUGGCCAAACAAAAACCGCUACUUCCCAAGCCUUCAGCAAAACUACACUUUGUAAAUAGAUUAAAAGGCAAAAAAUAUAAAAACAUCACUUCUUCCAAAGUUCUCCAGGAUGCUAGUAAUUCUAUUGACCAUCGGCUUCUGAAUUCUCAGAAGAAAAACACUGACAUGCCUGGAGAUGAAGGGUUCUUUGAUUUGCUAAGCAGAUUUCAAAGCAAUAGAAUGGAUGAUCAGCGGUACUGUUUCCAGGACAGAAAUAGACUGACAGCUACAGCAUCUUCUACUCCAUCAAGAACAAUGAAAAAAUCCUUUUCUGCUUCCAUGGUCUCACCCCACACAGAUGAAUUUCUAGAUUUACUUGCUAGCUCUCAGAGCAGACGUCUAGAUGAUCAGCGAGCCAGUGCCAGCAAUUUACCAGGACUUCGUCUUAAUCAGCAUAAUAGUCAGUCAGUCCUUGGCCACUUGAUGGCCAGUGGUAACAGCGAGCCAGAUGAUGACUUCUUUGACAUCUUAAUAAAAUGUCAGGGUUCUAGACUGGAUGAUCAGAGAUGUGCACCACCACCAACUGUUACAAAAGGACCAACUGUACCUGAUGAAGAUUUCUUCAGCCUUAUUUUGAGAUCCCAGGGAAAGCGAAUGGAUGAACAGAGAGUCUUUCUACCUUCUGAAUUAAAGAGACCAAGUUCUAGCUAAUGAACUUCUUGCAAAGCACAUUGCAGAACAAAAAUAUCAGGGGAUUAUAUAGUACUGUAACAACGUAUUUUUUUUUACUUUAAUAUACAAGAAACUAUGCCUUUAAAGGAAAAAUAUGUAAAUUUGCAAUCUUCAAAAUACUAUGUAAAUUUACAUAAGAUAUGGUACAGUUGUU